CGCGAUUUGGCGAUGCACGCGACUUCUAAUCCCUGGCUGCCACUUCGACCAACUCAACCACUUCAACCACAACUGCCCGACGACCUCCUCGACGACCUCCUCGAGGACCUCCCCGAUAAGCUCUUCGACGGCCACGCAUCCUUUGUCUACAAUCAAGUCGCCAAGGUACGACACUGCCACUAAUCUUCCACCUCAAACCACCACUCCGGCGCUCCAUUCGCCUCACCCCCAAUUUUGGUACUCAUUGCCUCAAUUAUGACAUACUGCUAGAAUUCUCGCCAGAUCAACACCCAUGGGGUCCUUAGCUGUGCUUGCCAUGGUGGAUCAGGUCAAUCCUACGGCGAGCCAUAGUGAGGGGCACCACUUACACCCAUUGUUCCAAGCCAGAAGACGAGCAUCCCAGACACCUCCGACAAAAGACAGAGCCGAAUCAGCGCAGACUUCGAUAUGUUCAUUCGAUGGAGCCCAGGAUGAAGAGACACAUGGGAAGCGGGAUGGUCCCCAGAGGAAGCGGCAGAAGUUGGAGCCUCGAGUGCUAGAAGAUGAGGAGAGGCAACAGCUGAAGAAAUGCAACAAGGCUUCACUGGGAGGCACUAUCAUGGACCAUUUCACACGGCUAGACCGAGGCCAUGCUUCCAGCCCCAGCACCAACGACGAGAACAAACAACAGGAUGAUGAGGAUGAAGAGGGAAAGGGGUUGGAUCGGCCUGAGAGAUUGGAACCAGAGACUACACACGGCAACCGAGUUACACCUGCACCAUACCAAACUCUGGCAUCCACACUGAAUCCAGAUCCCCCCAUGCCCAAGAAGGUUAUUCGGCUCAAUCUGAAGACUGGCACACUUGGAUCGCCACCGAAACCCAAGCCAACCCCGGCUAGAGUUGAACAUGAGACUGAAGCGACGAAGAAGGUGUCACUAAAUGGCCGGGGAAAAAAGACUCGGUCAAGGAUUGUUAGGAUCAGGUACGACACCGAUGCCGAGUCUCGGAUGCGCAUCGGGGCUAAAGUUAAUGCCAUCCUGCAUGGUCCACACGCCUUGUCCACCGGCUCGCCGAAUACGACAAACUCGCAACCUUCCGAUAUGUCAGCAGAAGACAAGAAGCCGGUCGACCAGGAGCUGCCCAAGACAACACACCCCUUUUUUCUUGGCCAAUCCAAACCUCCAAAGUCCACUUCCGGACCGGUGGAUGUCAAGCCUGAACCGACAGACCCAUCUUCGGCGAAAAUAUCCAGCUCGACUCCCUGCUCCCCCAACAAAGUUCGCCCUAUCAGCCACAAUACCAGGCUGCCCCAGUUUGGCGUGAAGAGUAUUGGCCUGAAAGUUCCAGGCUCAAAGCUGCCAGCAUGGCCUUGGAAAGACAUGGUUCAUAUUCGAGGAGACGACUCGCUGGUCAGUUGUCAGUCUGACGAGCCAACCGUCACCUUCGCUUCUCGCAAGUCAAAAGGACGCGCCGUGGAGAUAUCAACACGAGAAUCAGUGAUGGAGUACAUCACUAAGAGAAUAGACAUCCCGGCCCUCACAGAUGCCGUCAGGAAUGCAAACACGGACGACUUCCUGCCACCACCUCCUGAGAUACGGUUGCCGCAGAAGCACUUUGAAAGUGGAAGCAAACUUCAGCACCGCAUUCUCCCUCAACUCCGUUGCUCAAAGCAGAAGAAAGCUGCCGGUAAGAAGGACGCAGCAGGGAAAGCCAAUAUGCUGGAGCACCCUCCUCAGCUCAUUCGCCUGUUCAACUCGAUACAAUCCGAAUUGCCCGCGGUCGACAGGUCCGAGUGUGAGACACUCAGUUGGACGCAAAAGUAUGCCCCAGGAUGUGCGGCCGAGAUUCUCCAGCCUGGACGAGAGGCCUUCUUCCUUAAGCAAUGGCUGCAGGCUUUAAUGGUUCAAUCUGUCGACACAGGGUCUGGAGAUGGUGAGAAGAGCAAGGGUAGUCUGUCGAAAUCGAAGCCUUCAGGCCCCGCUAAGAAGAGGAGGAAGAAGAAGCUUGAUGACUUUAUUGUGUCGAGCGAUGAGGAGGCCGACCAGAUGGACGAAGUGUCCGAGACGGAGACCGAUUGGGUUGCUAGCGGCACCUACGGAAUCGUGAAGAAGACAGUCAUUCGCGCCGGCGACUUGAGGGCAAAGGGAUCCAAGGAUUCUUCCCGCCUGACCAACACUGUCGUCAUCAGUGGCCCUCAUGGUUGCGGUAAGACGGCAGCAGUGUACGCCGUUGCAAAAGAGCUUGGGUUUGAGGUGUUCGAGAUCAACUCCACCAGCCGAAGGAGUGGCAAGGACGUCCUUGAGAGGAUUGGUGACAUGACUAGAAAUCAUCUCGUCUCCCACCAACAGCGAAGCAAUCCAGAGGCUGGGGAAGAGACGGAGGAGGAUCCUGUCGAUGAGGGAGCUGCCGAGGACAUCAAGUCUGGGAAGCAGUCGACCAUGAUCUCCUUCUUCAAGCCAAAGGCUACUGUGGACAGCUCAAAGAAGACCACCAACCCGCCGUCUGGAGGUCCACCGCGAAAGGAGGCCAAGAAAGAGUUGCCCAAGGGUCAAAAACAAUCCCUUAUUCUGCUCGAGGAAGCCGACAUUCUCUUUGAAGAGGACAAGCAGUUCUGGACUUCUGUCAUUGGACUGAUUGCCCAAUCGAAAAGGCCUUUCAUUGUGACCUGCAACGACGAGACACUCUUGCCAUUGCAGACCCUCAACCUCCAUGGAAUCUUCAGACUCAGCCACCCGCCCACAGAUCUUGCGGUGGAUCGCCUCAUCCUCAUUGCCGCGAAUGAGGGACACUCUUUGCGGCGAGACGCCGUGGAGGCACUCUUCGAGUCUCGCAAUCGGGAUCUCCGGGCCGCCACCAUGGACCUGAAUUACUGGUGCCAGAUUGGCGUGGGAGAUCGUCGAGGCGGGUUUGAAUGGUUCUAUCUCCGGUGGCCAAAGGGUAUCGAUCUUGACGAGAACGACGAGGUCGUCCGGGUUGUCAGCGAGGACACUUACCAGCCAGGCAUGAACUGGCUGGUGCGAGACCACGUCAUGGACAACCUUGUCCACCCCGGCAUGGCCGAGGAGGAGCUUCUGCAGCAAGUUUGGAACUCGUGGAAUGUUGAUGUUGGCUACUGGCAGAGCUCCACUGGAUUGGCGCCUUGGGCCGAGAACCUGAGUACAGUGACAUCGGAGGCCAGUGGUCGUUUGGCAGCCCUCGAGGUCUUUGAUCAGUUUGCUGAGGUCAUGAGUGCGUCGGAUAUCUGUUCCUGCAAGGCGUUUGCAAGGUUUCAAGAGGCGCCAAUCGAUGCUACCCCCCCGGCCGUUUCGGGCAAGGCCCACGAUGACUACAUACUGGGACUCCCGCUCCUCGAUACACCAUCGGUAGUCCACUACGACUCGCUCCUUACAGUUCUGCCAUGCACGAUGAGAUCCAUGGCCAGAGCAGCCCUGCAAUCGGGCACGAGUGUAGUUACGCAGCAGCCAGCUCCCGAGCUGGAUCCUCUCACAGAGGACCAACUCCUGAACACCAUCCGGCAACAUUUCAUAACGCCAUCGACGACGAUCGGCAGUCCCACCAUUUCUCGCAUGGAUAUUGCCGUGGCUUUCGACCCGAUUGCUGCAUCCGACUCGCCUCCGUCCUCGGCGGCUCUUUCUUACCUUGACCCUUCGAUAUUCGAUCGGACCAUGAAGCUAAUCACCCUAGACGUUGCUCCAUACGUGCGUGGCAUUGUUGCGUACGACACUCAUCUCCAGAAGCAGCGCUUGAAGCUCAGCAACCUCGUGAGCGAAGGAGGGCGGAGCGGGAAAAGGAUGCGCACCACACGGGCUGCGUAUUCGGCGCUCGAAGGCGGUUCUAGGAGCACCACCAGGGGGGAGAGGUGGUUCAAGGCAGACUUGAACCCACAUUUGGUGUUGAGGACCGGGGGCGAUGGUUGGGACAAGCUUGCUGCCGACAACACAACUGCGCAGCUUGAAGAGUCCCCCUCUCCCAAAGCCAGCAAGGCGGCACGUGGGGCACGGAAGCUGAAGCGAAAGAUGCUCCGGGAUGAGAGUGACGAUGAGCUAGCGUGAUCUCAACCUGGCAAGGGAUUAGCGGUCGACGAGACUCGGGAUCUAACAGCCUGGCUGGCUUCCUUCAGGGCAGUUCGAAGACGGCACUC